CGUCGAUUUCAUGAAGACUACCAACAUGUAAUGCAAUACUACCUUAAUGCAGGCAGUAAUCUCACUCUCGUUUCUUCCUUGCGCGUUUCUCUGAUGCCUAUCCCUGAUGCCUGAAAGUGCACUUGUUCAGCGUUAGGUAGUCACCCCCUUACAUUUUCUCACCAGCCGACAUCCAACGGACGAGCAUGCGUUUACCCGCCAAGUUUUCGACGCUGUUGCCUCUGUUGAAGGUUACUGACUUGAAGUCUCCUGGCUUGGAUGGGGAUUUUGAGUCAGCGGGCGUUGGAACUCCGCCCAGGCCCAACAACCAACCUCAGUUCCUCCUCCAGCUGGACGAACUAAGGCCUAGAAGACUAACGCCUUCCUAUUUAUUCCCAAAGGGGACAUCUACAGAAUGUCAGUUUGCGACAUUCUUCUCGCUGGUUGGCGACCGGCUGUUCGCAGACGGAGAGAUAGUCGCGACCAACGAGGGUACGACACACCAGCCGCUGCUCGAGACACCGAGCAUCAGAGCCAUCGACCAUGGGUUCUCGCUCGAAGAGGGCCUUCUUCAGUGGCGGCAUCCGAGCUUUGCCAGCGGAAAAGCCAGCUUUUGCUUAUCGGCGUCGAAUACGGUCCUGGCUGUGUUCAACGAAUCAAGCACUCCAACUGACUGUGUGCCGGCGAACCUUGUCAAUGUGCCAUAUGACCGGUGUUUCCCAUCGGCCGAAUCGAUCAAUGUAUUAGUCAUGGAUGACGAUACUAGGUCUGCUCAACAAGCUGCAGGAAGCGUAAGUAAUACGGACAGCCCUGCCGGGCCGAAGUGGCUGGAUACCAGACCAGAUAUCACCAACCAUGGUUAUGGCAGAGCUUCCGUUGGGACAUAUGGCGGAGCUCCGGUUGGAUCAUAUGGCGGAGCUUCCGUUGGAUCAUAUAGCGGAGCUCCCGUUGGGUCAUAUAGCAGACCUUCCGUUGGGUCAUAUGACAAACCUUCCGUUGGGUCAUAUGGCAGACCUUCCGUUGGGACAGAUCAGUUGAGUCCUCCGGCUCCUAUUGAUCGGGCCAGCUACAACUACGCUACCGGACGACCGGGUUCCACAACACCCCCGAGCUCCGUUGGCUACGGGGCUAUCUACAAAUAUCAUGGUGCUGCUUCAAGUCCUAUAGGGCCCUCAGGUCCGGCAGGGCCUCUGGCUCCUAUUGGUCGGGCCGGCUGGAACUACAACACCCCACUACCGGGUUCUACAACACCCCCGAGCUCCGUUGGCUACGGAGGUAGCUACAAAUAUCAUGAUGCCGCUUCAAGUCCGAUAGUGCCCAACUACAAUACCCGACGACCGGGCUUCACAACAUCCUCGAGCUCCGUUGGCUACGAGGGUAGCCACGAACAUCACGAUGCUGCUUCAAGUUUUAUAGGGCCCCCAGGUCCAGCAGGGCCCCGUGGAUCUGAUGGCAGGGAUGGGAGGGAUGGCAACAAUGGGAAGGAUGGUCAUAAUGGUUGGGAUGGGAGGGAUGGCGACAAUGGGAGAGAUGGUGACAAUGGGAGGGAUGGCAAUGAUGGGGAAGAUGGUAAUGAUGGGAGAGAUGGGAGGGAUGGAAGGGAUGGCAGGGAUGGUAUCCAGGGUCUUCCAGGGCCGCCUGGUCCAGCCGGCCUCCCAGGUAUUAAUGGGUUGAAUGGUGCGCCUGGGCCAAUGGGUCCGCAAGGUCUUCAGGGUCUUCAGGGUCUUCAGGGUCUUCAGGGUCUCCAGGGUCUCCAGGGUCUUCAAGGUCUACCGGGUGCCGAGGGUCCCCAAGGUCUUCAAGGUCUUCAAGGUCCUGCCGGUGCCGAUGGUGCCGACGGUGCUCCUGGUCCUGCCGGUGCUGAUGGUGCUCCUGGUCCUGCAGGUGCCACUGGCCCUCAGGGUCUUCAAGGUCUUCAAGGUCCUGCCGGUGCCGAUGGUGCCGACGGUGCUCCUGGUCCUGCCGGUGCCGACGGUGCCGACGGUGCCACCGGGCCUCAAGGUUUACCGGGUCCCCCGGGUGCUCAGGGCCUACCGGGUGCUCAGGGUCCGCAAGGUCUUCAAGGUCUAUCGGGUCCCGCCGGUCCCGAAGGUGCUGCUGGUCCUGCCGGAGCCGCUGGACCUGCUGGUGCCGCUGGUCCCGAAGGUGCCACCGGGCCAGCAGGAGCCACCGGGCCUCAAGGUCUACCAGGCCCCCCGGGUGCUCAGGGUGCUCAGGGUAUACCAGGUGCCGAUGGUGCUACUGGUCCUGCAGGUGCCACUGGUCCCCAAGGUCUUCAAGGUCCCGCCGGUGCCGAUGGUGCUACCGGUCCUGCAGGUCCCGCUGGUGCUGCAGGUCUACCGGGUACUCAGGGUCCGCAAGGUCUUCAAGGUGAUACCGGACCAGCAGGAGCCGCUGGCCCUCAAGGUGAUGCUGGACCUCAAGGCCCUAUCGGUCCCCAAGGUCCUGAAGGCCCCCCUGGCCCUGGGACAGCGGGUUUCACGAACCAGUACGGGUAUCUCGGCUGCUACAUCGCGAGUAACGAUGGCACCUACGGCCUAACUCCAUACGCUUCACAGCAGGUUCUCACAACCUCGAUCGACGACUGUGCCAAUAUCUGCUAUACUUUGCCGACGGGCCCAACCCUGUACUUCACUCUGGGAACCGACACGACUACAGGCAACUCCAUAUGCACUUGUGGUGAUGUCCUUGUUGCCUAUAACUACCCAAAUACCGGGCUCGACUUUCAAUGCAAUACACGAUGCAACUUCCCAGACGAUCCGACAACAGAACAAUACUGCGGCGGAACGUAUUCUGGGAUACCUACUGUUUCUCUUUUUGGUGCUAUAUAAAUAAUAUUUCUAAUACUAUAUUAUACUAUAUUAAUUCAUAUGCUAAUACUACAUUUUUCUGGCUGAUGCAAACUUGCGAGAAAGUGAAGGAUAAAGCAACAGGCGUUAGUAUAACCCUUACUAACAGACGAGGCAGACACAUUCACAUGAAGCUGAAGGAGCGAAGCGGAAACCUCUGCCGCUCAAUACACAGAUAGUCUGAAGGGCUGCAUAUACAUUUGAAUGUCAUGGUCUAAGUUGGAUAUAAGUAAAUAAAUGAAUAAAAG